AUGAGUAUGCCUUCCAACGAGGCCGAGUCGCCGGACGAGAGCUUCUUCAACGACCUGUCCCAACAACCCCAGGAGUCCAAUACAGCCGAUGAUCAGGAAACACAACAAGACGGCUCGAGCAAAAUCAAGAGGAUCGCCUGUGUGUUGUGUAGGAAGAGGAAGUUGCGAUGCGACGGUGCACGACCGUCGUGCUCAACUUGUAAACGCUUAUCCCACGAUUGCGCCUACGAUCAAGUGCGGAAGAAAAGCGGGCCCAAGCGUGGUUAUGUGAAGCUGCUCGAACAACGGCUCCAACAGGUUGAGACGUUGUUGAAGACCCAGGACGCAAACGAUACAAGUAAAGAUGCAACCCGCCAGGACUCUGCAUCUGAAUAUGUCGCCAACACCAUAAAUCUCACACUACCCAACACUAAUCAUAUUCCAAAUCUUGCAACUCCUCAACAUGACACAGAGCAGCACGUGUCAGGAGAAAUAAUAGGACUUGGAUUAGAAGAGCCUUUACCACCCCAGGAAGUCACAGAUAAUCUAUACGAAGUCUACUUUUCCAAAGUUCAUCUCUCCAUACCCGUCAUACACAGACCACGGUUUCUCGCGGCGCUCAACCUCGCCCCUCAUAUGCGACCACCGAUAUGCCUACGAUACAUCAUGUGGGCCAUGGCAGCAUCUGUCAGCAACAAAUACGAGGCGCUCCACGAGCACUUUUACCAGCGAGCACGGAAGUACGCGCAAAUGGACGAAAUGAAGGGUCAUGGAGAAACGACCAUUACGCUUGGACAUUGCCAGGCAUGGAUUCUGAUAUGCACGUACGAGUUCAAGAACAUGUAUUUUCCAAGAGCAUGGUUGUCUGCUGGUAGGGCUGUUCGACUCGCUCAGAUGAUGCAACUCCAUCGCUUGGAUGGGCUCGGUUUGGACGUAAAACAAUGCCUGCCUCAACCGAAAGAUUGGACAGAGCGCGAGGAGCGGAGGAGAACUUUCUGGAUGGCUUUCUGUGUCGAUCGCUACGCCAGUAUUGGCACAGGCUGGCCAAUGGUUAUUGACGAACGCGAUGUUUUGACGAACUUACCGGCAAGCGAGGAAGCGUUCGAGAAAAGCAGACCAAUGUCUACAGUGUCACUAGAGCGAGCUAUGCAACCAAAUGGCGUAGCGAACCUUCAACCAUCCGGCGGAAUCGUUUUGACAGCAGCAAUGUUCGGUCGCAACCUACUGCACCUACAUCGGCCUGGUCCUGACGAUAGGGACGAUGACAUCAAUGGUGGUUACUGGACUCGACAUCGUGACAUUGAGCAACUACUGCUCCAAACAUCACUGGGAUUGCCUGAUCAUAUGCGGUUACCUUCAGGACUCUCAGACCCCAACGUCGUGUUCACAAACAUGUGCAUUCAUACCUCAGCAAUAUGUCUUCAUCAGGCAGCAAUAUUCAAAGCAGAUAAACACCGAUUACCGAUCAACAUUGCCAAUGAGAGCAAGAUCAGAUGUGUAACGGCCGCAGCAGAAAUUGCCAGCCUUAUGCGGAUGAUCAGUCAUAUGGAUCUUUCUGCAAUGAACCCUUUCAUAUCCUUCUGUGUCUAUGUGGCAGCAAGAGUGUUUGUCCAAUACCUAAAGACUCGACCAAAGGAUCAACAGAUGGCCGCUUCGUUAAAAUUCCUGAUGCAAGCUAUGCACGCUCUACGUAGGAAGAAUCCACUCACAGAGUCCUUCCUGGCACAGCUAGAUAUUGAUAUCGAGCAUGCCGGCAUCGGUGGUAUUCAGCAGAUGAAAUCCAUGACCAAACCCACUGCCACCCGCGGCACUACUAAUCAAUUCAGAUGCAGCCCCAUAAUCAAUAUAUCCGAAGGGCAACAACUCGAUGAACCUGUGAACAUAGUUGAGAACAAUAGUCGGGCGAAUACAACCUCAACGCGCAGUACGCAGUAUCCGAACAACGCACCAGGUCCACCAUUUCAUGUUAGCAGCAUCAAUAGCAUCGACCUGCGGACGGCGCCGCGUGUGUCUUCACGCGAAGCUCUUGCAACUACAGGGUCUCAUGACUUCCCACCUGGUUGGUUUCCAGCUCAAGAUGGAAAUGAAAUGGAUCUUUCUGGGGGUGAGAAGGGCGUUGACCACGAUAGCCCUGUAACCAUCAGUUCACAAUCACGCGGCGGCUCAACGUCGCAAUCUUCAUAUUCACCCGGUCAACAAAACGAGCUUCAUGUGCCAUAUCGAGCAUCACCAAAGUUGCCUUACUCUAAUUUAGUGCCUAAUGGCUCCACCAUCUUCCCAGGUUUUGUGUCCACGAACGAAGCCUUUAGCAUGAACAACUUCGAUACCUCGGAAGAUAUGGGACACGCCGGUUACAAUGAUGGCCUCGUAAUGGGCAGCGAAUGGGAUUACGCUGCACUCAAUGCUGCGUCAGGUCUGCCCGCAAUGGCCGAUGCAUCAUGGGACUCGAUGCUGGAAAGCGUAACGACGGGAUGGGAGUCGGUCAGUCAGGUGCACGACAGCCAAGCAAACAUCUUUGGCGCAAGAUGA